AUGGGUGGAUGCUGGGUGAUACACCCAUUGAGUGCCUUCAGGCAUUACUAUCUUCUGUUUAUGGUGAGCUUGACAUUCGUGAACCUCAUAACAAUUCCUCUGGAUUUGGCAUUUUCUGAGGACAUGCAUGGUCUUGCCCACAAAUGCUGGGUGGUAUUUAAUGUGUUUUCAGACAUCAUUUUUGCUAUUGAUGUUGGCAUCAAUUUUCAGAUUGGCUUUAUGGAUGGUCUGAUUCCCAUCCUUGAUCUAAAACAUAUCCGAACGGAUUACUUGAGCACUUGGUUUUUUCCGGAUUUGAUUGCUGCAUUCCCUGUGGACAUUGUCAUCAUUAUUUUGGAGCAGCAUUAUCAUGCGGAUACAAGUUCACUGAUGGCUUCGAAGAUGUUGCGGGCGCUCAUGUUUGUGAGGGUUUUGGGUAUGAUUCGUCUGCUCCGUGUGCCAAGACUCAUGAGAUUCUUCUCUCAAUUGGAAAGUGUAAGUUACGCCUCAGCUUUACAACUUAGGAGAUCAUUCAGAUAUGUAUUUGUUAUCCUGAUGAUAUUUCUCAUUUGGCACUGGAAUGGAUGUAUCCAGUACUUCAUACCUGCAUUGGCAGAGUUUCCCCCAGACAGCUGGGUCAUGAAAGAGAAUCUCCUGAAUUCUUCAAUUGGGGUAAAAUACUCGUUUGGUUUGUGCAGAGCUCUCUCACAAAUGACCAUGAUGUCGGCUGACCCAGCAACACCUAUCUGUAUGGAGGAAUGGUGGACUAUAAUUAUUACUAGGUUGAUUGGAUUUUUAAUUUUUAUAUCACUACUUGCCUUCAUGAACGUAACAGUUGGUAACGCCUUCAAGAAAAAGAAAAAACCGCUGAAAUCCUCCAAAAUGUUAAGUAUGCUGCCCAGGGUCUUGCGCCGACGCAUCACUCAGCAUUACCAGUGGCAAUUUGAAAACAACAUCCUUGACACAGUCUCUAAACCACUGAAAAAGGAUAUUAUGGCGACCAUCUGUUAUAACUUGCUGACAAAAGGAUCUAUGCUCAAAAACCGUGAUGCAGAUUUCGUCGAAGCUAUCUUGAUGAAGUUGGAAUGCGAGUUCUUCCUGCCAGGAGACAUCAUCAUUCGUAAGAAUGCUAAGAUUGACCGCAUUUAUUUCAUAGAGUAUGGACGGGUGCUGCUGAAGACUCAAAGUUUCCAGAGAGAGCUGUGUGUUGGAGACCACUUUGGAGCAGACACCGAUUUGCUUCUCGGAGGAGAUCAGUUAGUAACGGUUCAUGCUGUGACCGGCUGCAGGCUUUUCUCAUUGUCAGUAGCCAAACUUAUGGAGAUUGAAGAGGAGUUCCCUGAUGUCUUCAAUGAUCUAAGAGCAGCAGCUCAACAGCGUAAAAACAAUCUACAACAUAAGGGGCUGUUCACACAGAAUAUGUUCUUGCUACAGGACAGCCAGCUGGAGCACAGUGGAAGGAAAAAGAACACAGGGCUAGAGACAUGUUUUUCAAAGUUGAACUUAUUUCAACUUGAUGCAGCAUUUUAAAAAUGCGCCACUCACUGUGUAAGAUGGAUUGUAAUUGGUCAAAGAAGUCUGUCUAAUGGAUAUUUACAUAGACCAUCAAUUAACAAUAGCACAGUAGAAUGCAAGAAUGCGCCCUGUUUGGAUAGCCCCCCAAGUCUUUUAUUAUAAGUAUAUUUGAUGUUCUAGAAUAUUGAUUUGACUCUCUGGUUAAGAGUUGUGUUUGUGUGCUUUACAAAAGGAGCUGACAUGGAACUCCUGACU